AUGGUAUGGGGUGGAAUAUCGAGAUGCAGGAAUGAAGUCAGCGUCCUCGCAACUGGGUGGCUCAACAAGUCGAUCAAUUUUUCUUCUUUCCUUCCCUUUUCUCCAUCACAUCAACACCUAACUUGCCCUCUCUGUACUACAUUCGACAGUUGCUAUAGGAGGCGUAUCUUUUCUUUCCUGUUCUGUUUAAUUGAUUGCACUUAG